GAUGCACAAGCCUGCGCGGCGUGCUCUCACAGUGCUGCCCGACAUGCAAUCAAACCGGAAGCAUCAACAGCAACUAAGCUAGGCAAAAAACGCGUUCAUGAAGAAGCCUGUGGCCUCAUUGUCUUUUCAGAAUAUCGUUUGAAUACAAUUAUCAAGGAGUGGAAUAAAUAUCCGAUCAACCUUCUGCGAAGCCCGCCAUCAUCAGGCAAAACAACCUUAGCGAGAAAACUUCAACAGUAUCUCAGUGAAAAUGCAUUUAAAGUCUUUAGUAUCUCAUUCGUUAGCUGGACAAGGAGUAAAUACCCUGACCUCCUGUACAAUAGUGAUAGCUUUGAUCAAUUUUGGAUUAGUCAGAUUGGAU